AUGGAGUUCAAUUCGUUUGAAGAUUUGUUGAGCUAUUAUAAACAUUAUGUUAAAAAAUGCGGAUUUGGGGUGAUGACACAAAGGAGUGAGAGGUCAGAGAAUCAAAGUGUCAGAUAUGUCACCCUUGGUUGUUUACAGAGAGGGAAGGCCCGAAAUAAGAAUUCCAAUGUCGCCAACCCAUGUCAGACGGGAAAAAUGGACUGUGGCUUCGAGAACCUCACAUUUUUUGAAAAGGAUUGUCGCAAUUACAUCGACAAAGCACGAUAUCUACGACUUGGUGCUGUUGGUGCUGGAGCACUUCGAGAUUAUUUUAUGAGGAUGCAAUACAAGAAUAACGGGUUUUUUGUGUUGAUGGAUUUAGACGAUGACGGAAGGUUAAAGAAUGUUUUUUGGGCAGAUCCACGUAGUCGGGUAGCCUACCAGUAUUUUGGUGAUGUGGUCACAUUCGACACCACAUACCUGACGAAUAGGUAUAGGAUGCCCUUUGCACUGUUUGUUGGUGUAAAUCACCAUGGGCAGUCGAUUCUUUUGGGAGCUGGGUUGAUUUCCAGAGAGGACACGGAGACCUUUACGUGGCUGUUCCAAACCUGGUCGCAGUGUAUGGACGGUAUAGCUCCAAAGGCUAUUAUUAUUGAUCAAAACAUAGCAAUGAAAAAUGUAAUUACUAUUAUCUUUCCUGAAACUCGACAUAGAUUAUGUAUGUUGCAUAUAUUAAAGAAAGUCCCUGAGAAGUUUGAGUCAUAUGCUACCUACAGAAAUGGGCUGAAAACUCAACUGAUGAAAUGUGUGUACGACACACAAACAAUUGAGGAGUUUGAGGAAUGUUGGGAUGGGUUUAUUAACACAUACGACUUACAUGAGAAUACGUGGUUGAAGAGUUUAUAUGCGGAGCGUGAGCAUUGA